AUGGAAGUGGCUAUGGCCAUGAUCUUCAUGAGCUUGCGCUUCGCUACCGGCUUGUUAGACAGAAUGGUCACUAUGUACCUGCAGGUUGUUUGGUUUAUUGUUGCAGAGGUGUUUGAUAUGUUUACAGACAAGGAGGGAAAGUUUAGCGAGAAGGUAGGCGGAAAUAUCAAGGGGAUGAUAGAUUUAUAUGGAGCUUCACAGCUAAGAAUGGAAGGAGAAGCCAUACUUGAUGAAGCUGAACUAUUUGGCUUGAAGAUUCUCAAAGAAAGAAGUGCUCACCUUGGGGUUGAUAAAGCUGAGUUUGUGAGGAGUACUUUGGAGCAACCAUUUCACAAAAGCCUACCAAUUUUCACCUCCAGAAACUUCCUUGAAGGGACCCAUGGCAUGAAUGGAUGGGUCAAUGCCUUACAAGAUGUGGCCAAAAUGAACUUCAAUGUGCUCCAAUCUGAAUACCAAACAGAGAUUUUUCAUAUUUCUAAAUGGUGGGCUGAACUUGGUUUAGCUAACGAGUUGAAGUAUGCGAGAAACCAACCACUGAAAUGGUACAUUUGGUCCCUUGCAUGCUUAACAGAUCCAUCCUUUUCAGAAGAAAGGGUUGUGCUCACGAAACCAAUCUCCUUCAUCUACCUAAUAGAUGACAUUUUUGACAUCUAUGGGACCCUUGAAGAAUUAACUGUUUUCACAAAAGCUGUUACCAGGUGGGAUAUUGAAGCUACCGAAAAACUACCAGAUUACAUGAAGAUAUGUUUCAGGGCACUCUAUGAUGUCACCAAUGAAAUCAGCUACAAGGUGUAUCUAAAACACGGAUGGAACCCCAGUGGGUCCCUUCGAAAGGCGUGGGGAAGGCUGUGCGAGGCAUUUCUGACAGAAGCAGAAUGGUUUGCGUCAGGGAAGAUGCCGAGUGCAGAAGAGUACUUGAAGAAUGGGAUAGUAAGCUCGGGAGUGCAUGUAGUGCUGGUUCACAUUUUCUUUCUGUUGGGUCAACGAUUAUCUCAAGAAACUGUGCAAAAGAUUGACAAUAAUCCAACCAUUAUCUCUUCCACUGCCACAAUUCUUCGUCUCUGGGAUGACCUGGGAAGCGCCGAGGACGAGAAUCAGGAGGGAAAGGAUGGAUCGUACAUGGAAUAUGUGAUGAAGGAGAUGAAGGAGGGGGAAAGGGCGAGAGAGGUGGUGAUGGGUAAGAUCUCAGAAGCGUGGAAGGGUCUCAACAGAGAGUUCGUAUUGGACGACACGACACCUCACGCCACGGCGCAUGGUGAACCUCCACCUGGUGUAGAAAGUCAUGAUUCUACACCGGGUGGAGUCACCUGGUAUAGAAAAGUCACUUUCUACACUGGGUGGAAAGUGACAUUUCUACACCGGGUGACUCUACCCGAUGUAGAAAGUCAUGUUUCUACACCGGGUAGAGGUCCACCCAGUAUAGAAAGUGACUUUUCUACACCGGUUGGCUUUUCAACCGGUGUAGAAAAGUCGUGUAGAAAGUGA